AUGCGUUGGACACCGGGCCUGGUGCUGCUGGGCCUCGACGGGCUGGCCGCGGCGCACCGGCCCCCAAAGCCAGAGGGCGUCAGGAAGAUCCCCUCGACCCUGCUCAAGGGCGCCGACGUGUCCUACAAAGAAGUUCCGGCAGAGAUAUGUGGCAACGCAAAGUCGUAUGCCGGCUACGUCAACUUCCCGCCAAACACGAUGCGCGAGUUUCGGCACGACUACCCCGUCCACACCUUCUUCUGGUACUUCGAGGCCCAGACGAAGCCGCAGGACUCGCCGCUGGUCCUCUGGGUCAACGGCGGGCCCGGCGGGUCGUCCAUGUUUGGCCUCUUCACCGAGCACGGGCCGUGCCAGGUGGACGGCAACCUCAAGACGAGCCCGAGGGAGUGGUCGUGGAACAGAGAGUUCAACAUGCUCUACGUCGACCAGCCGCUCCACACCGGCUUCAGCUACGACUUCCCUACGCCGGGAGUCUUCCACCCCAAGAACGGCAGCAUCACCGGCCUCGGGCCCGGGGCCGGGGAUCCUCGGGCGGACCGCACCGUGUUCCCCGGCGUCUUCAGCAGCCAGGACACGGCGUCGACGGCCAACACGACCGAGAACGCGGCCCGGCAGUACUGGAACUUUCUCCAGGUGUGGACGCACGACUUCCUGGCGCACCGGCCCACCGACGGCUCCAUCAGCAUCUUCACCGAGUCGUACGGCGGGAGGUACGGGCCCAGCUUCUCGGCCUACAUCCAGGAGCAGAACGCGCGGGUCCGAAAGGGGGCCCUGCGCGGCGCCAAGACGCUCAACCUCACCAACCUCGGCAUCGUCAACGGCUGCAUCGACCUGCUCGUCCAGGAACAGUCGUAUCCCGAGUACGCCUACGACAGGAACCCGUUCGGCAUCGCCGGCAUCACGCGCGACGAGUACGCCAAGGCCUUGGUUGCGCACUCCCGCAAGGGCGGCUGCUGCCACCGAACCAGGGAUAGGAUCAAUACUGCUCGUUCGGGAAGGUAUUACUCCUGA